AGGUGGCUGUGGCUUUGGUCGUUACCCCACCCCCUUCCACGUCAGCCAAGGACUCUGGAGCUGCCGCCGCUGCUGCGGGUUGGAGCUGGAGUAGACGGAUCCACGGCUGCCCCAAACCACUACCCCUCGGAGCCCGGUAGUGGGCCACAAGCCCCCAGUCCCGGAGGAGUGAUUUUCUGGCAUCCUUAAGUCUUGUAUCAAGGAUUAAUUAUAAUAUAACCAGAAACCAUGACGGCAGCUGAGAACGUGUGCUACACGUUAAUUAACGUGCCAAUGGAUUCAGAACCACCAUCUGAAAUUAGCUUAAAAAAUGAUCUAGAAAAAGGAGAUGUAAAGUCAAAGACUGAAGCUUUGAAGAAAGUAAUCAUUAUGAUUCUGAAUGGUGAAAAGCUUCCUGGACUUCUGAUGACCAUCAUUCGUUUUGUGCUACCUCUUCAGGAUCACACUAUCAAGAAAUUACUUCUGGUAUUUUGGGAAAUUGUUCCUAAAACAACUCCAGAUGGGAGACUUUUACACGAGAUGAUCCUUGUAUGUGAUGCAUAUAGAAAGGAUCUUCAGCAUCCUAAUGAAUUUAUUCGAGGAUCUACUCUUCGUUUUCUUUGCAAAUUGAAAGAAGCAGAAUUGCUAGAACCUUUAAUGCCAGCUAUUCGUGCGUGUUUGGAGCAUCGACACAGCUAUGUUAGAAGAAAUGCUGUUUUGGCCAUCUAUACCAUCUAUAGAAAUUUUGAACAUCUUAUACCUGAUGCUCCUGAACUGAUACAUGAUUUUCUGGUGAAUGAGAAGGAUGCAAGUUGCAAAAGGAAUGCAUUUAUGAUGCUAAUUCAUGCAGAUCAGGAUCGAGCUUUAGAUUACUUAAGUACUUGUAUUGAUCAAGUUCAAACAUUUGGAGACAUUCUGCAGUUGGUUAUUGUUGAACUGAUUUAUAAGGUCUGUCACGCUAAUCCAUCAGAAAGAGCUCGUUUUAUUCGCUGCAUCUAUAACUUACUACAGUCAUCCAGCCCUGCUGUAAAAUAUGAAGCUGCUGGGACAUUAGUGACACUCUCUAGUGCACCAACUGCAAUCAAGGCCGCUGCUCAGUGUUACAUUGAUUUAAUUAUUAAGGAGAGCGACAACAAUGUAAAACUCAUAGUUUUGGAUCGCUUGAUAGAAUUAAAAGAGCAUCCUGCUCAUGAACGAGUAUUACAGGAUCUGGUUAUGGAUAUCCUAAGAGUAUUGAGCACACCAGACUUAGAAGUACGAAAGAAAACUCUGCAGUUAGCACUGGAUCUUGUCUCUUCUAGGAAUGUUGAAGAGCUGGUUAUUGUCCUGAAGAAGGAAGUUAUAAAAACUAAUAAUGUGUCUGAGCAUGAAGAUACUGACAAAUACAGACAACUCCUAGUGCGAACAUUGCAUUCCUGUUCUGUCCGAUUUCCAGAUAUGGCUGCAAAUGUUAUUCCUGUGUUAAUGGAAUUUCUCAGUGACAAUAAUGAAGCAGCAGCUGCUGAUGUCUUGGAGUUUGUUCGUGAAGCCAUUCAGCGCUUUGAUAACCUGAGAAUGCUUAUUGUUGAGAAGAUGCUUGAAGUCUUUCAUGCUAUUAAAUCUGUCAAGUAUAUCCCAAUUGUAGAGUCAGAAAUAAAGAAAGAAGCUGGUGAAUUAAAACCUGAAGAAGAAAUAACUGUGGGGCCAGUUCAGAAAUUGGUUACUGAAAUGGGUACCUAUGCAACUCAGAGUGCCCUUAGCAGUUCUAGACCCACCAAGAAAGAGGAAGACAGACCUCCCUUGAGAGGAUUCCUUCUGGAUGGAGAUUUCUUUGUUGCUGCGUCCCUUGCCACAACUCUGACCAAGAUUGCAUUGCGCUAUGUAGCUUUGGUUCAGGAGAAGAAAAAGCAAAAUUCUUUUGUUGCUGAGGCUAUGUUGCUCAUGGCUACUAUCCUGCAUUUGGGAAAAUCCUCUCUUCCUAAGAAGCCAAUUACUGAUGAUGAUGUGGAUCGAAUUUCCCUGUGCCUGAAGGUCUUGUCUGAGUGUUCACCUUUAAUGAAUGACAUUUUCAAUAAGGAAUGCCGACAGUCCCUUUCUCACAUGUUAUCUGCUAAACUAGAAGAAGAGAAAUUAUCCCAAAAGAAAGAAUCUGAAAAGAGGAAUGUGACAGUACAGCCUGAUGACCCCAUUUCCUUCAUGCAACUAACUGCUAAGAAUGAAAUGAACUGCAAGGAAGAUCAGUUUCAGCUGAGUUUGCUGGCAGCAAUGGGUAACACACAGAGGAAAGAGGCAGCAGAUCCCCUAGCAUCUAAACUUAACAAGGUCACCCAGUUGACAGGUUUCUCAGAUCCUGUAUAUGCAGAAGCUUACGUUCACGUCAACCAAUAUGAUAUUGUCCUGGAUGUACUCGUUGUGAACCAAACCAGUGAUACUUUGCAGAAUUGCACAUUAGAAUUAGCUACACUAGGGGAUCUGAAACUUGUGGAAAAGCCAUCUCCUUUGACUCUUGCUCCUCAUGAUUUCGCAAAUAUUAAAGCUAACGUCAAAGUAGCAUCAACAGAAAAUGGAAUAAUUUUUGGUAAUAUAGUUUAUGAUGUCUCUGGAGCAGCAAGUGACAGAAAUUGUGUGGUUCUCAGUGAUAUUCACAUUGACAUCAUGGACUAUAUCCAGCCUGCAACUUGCACUGAUGCAGAAUUCCGUCAGAUGUGGGCCGAAUUUGAAUGGGAGAACAAAGUGACAGUUAACACCAAUAUGAUUGAUUUAAAUGACUACUUACAGCACAUAUUAAAGUCAACCAAUAUGAAAUGCCUGACUCCAGAAAAGGCCCUUUCUGGUUAUUGUGGCUUUAUGGCAGCCAACCUUUAUGCUCGUUCCAUAUUUGGUGAAGAUGCACUUGCAAAUGUCAGCAUUGAGAAGCCAAUUCACCAGGGACCAGAUGCUGCUGUUACCGGCCAUAUAAGAAUUCGUGCAAAGAGUCAGGGAAUGGCCUUAAGUCUUGGAGAUAAAAUCAACUUGUCACAGAAGAAAACUAGUAUAUAAAAAUAAAAAGUCCUUGAAGCUUUACAGUUAAUUUAGUUAUGGGCUUACUGGACUCCAACAUCUUUUGUACUCUUUCAUGCUUAUAUGUUAUAUAGAAUCUGAGUUCAUGCUGAAUGCAUUUCAGCCAAUAAUUUAUAGCCUUUCCCUUAAAUCAAGAUUGAGUUUAAAAUUAUAGUUUGUCUUUUGUCUUAACAGUUCUGAAUGCUAUCCUCAAAGUAUAUGUUUCUCUCAUGUACCAAGACCUUUUCACAGUACAAUAAACAGAUCUAUUCAUACAUUUUUGUUAUUUUAUAAAUAAAUGAUUACAUAAUUUUAGUUA